AUGACUUCGCCUAUUUACGCCACUACAACAACAACCACAACGACUACAACAACAACUACAGUUAUAUCGAGCAUUCUUUCAUCCUCGCACUCGCCGCCACUAUCUCAAUCUUGGGAAAUCAUACAAAACACCAUAGCCCAGAAUGUAUUGUACUUGUUGAACUCGUUGGCAGUGUUGCCUGGUGGUCAAAUCAUAGUUCGAUACAUAAAAUCUUCCUAUCAAAAUGAUCCAGUCAGGUCCCUUUUUGAAUACUGCUUGUUCAUUUUUGCAUUAACCUAUUUCUUUACCUCCAAGAAAAAGGAGAAUAAAUCAGAAUUUGUCAAAUUCAGUAAACAAGAGAUUGAUGAACUUUGUGCUGAGUGGGUACCUGAACCUUUGGUGGAGCCUGUCACUGAAUUGGAAGCUUGGAACCUUAAAGCUAUUCCUGAAGUAAAAGGUUUUAAUGGCUCCCAUAUUGAGCUUGCUCAUCCCAAGUUUAAGGAAAUUUGUCAUGAUCCACUGAUUGUUAAUCUUGUAAAACAAGAUUUCCUUGACUUGAACAGUAAUUCAAACAUCAAAGAAGUAGCCAAGACGGAAAUUAAGUUUGCUGGUGUUGGUGCUUGUGGACCACCAAAUUUUUAUGGAACUCAAGAUGUUCAUGUCAGGUUGGAAGAAGACUUGACCGAGUACUUGGGAACUGAGCAAGCUAUCAUCUACGGUCAGGAUUUUGUUACUGCUAGUUCUGUUCUUCCAGCUUAUUUGAAAAGAGGUGAUUUAUGUGUAGUUGACAGAAAUGUUAACCUCGCUGUGCAAAAAGCCUUAAUUGUGAGUCGUGUUGACCUUGAAUGGUAUGAUCAUAAUGAUAUGGAACAUUUGGAACAAAUCUUGACUCAGUUGAAACCAAUGUUGGACAAACAGAAGCCCCUCAAGAGAAGAUUCAUCAUCACUGAAGGACUCUUUGCUAAUACCGGAGAUCUUGCUAACUUACCAACAAUUGUUGAGUUGAAGAAUAAAUUCAAGUACAGAUUGUUUUUAGAUGAAUCAUUGUCUAUUGGAGUUUUGGGAAACACUGGUAAGGGUUUGACUGAACAUUAUGGAAUUUCAAGAGACGAGGUUGCAAUUACAAUUGGAUCUAUGGCUAAUUCAUUUGCAUCAUCGGGUGGAUUUUGUGUAGGUGUUGAGCCAAUGAUUCACCAUCAAAGAAUUUCAUCAAAUGCAUAUGUCUUUAGUGCUUCCUUGCCUCCAUACUCGGCAAAAGUCACGUCACAGGCAAUUAAAGAGAUCAAUAUCGUUGAACCAAAGACUGGUAAGUCAAAGCUCAUGACUCAACUUCACCAAAGGACUAUCUUUGCGUAUGAUGCACUUCGAUCCAGUUUGAAGGAUGUCCCCAUGACCAUUACUUCUGUGCCACAAUCUCCAAUGAUUCAUUUGACCUUUACCGAGUUGUACAGAUCGCAAUUGAAUUUACCAUUAUUGUAUGGAAAUUCAACUUUUAUCACCAAAGGAAAACCAUCUAAAUACUUGAACCCCUUUGAUGAAUUUUUAAACCUUGAAAACUUUAUGUUGCAAAAAAUCAUUGACUAUGUGUUGAAGCACGGUAAGAUCUUGUUAACAAGAAGCAAACUUAUCUUGGAACACGAAGAUUUGCCGGUUUUACCACCUCAAUUACUCAUCAAUAUUAAUACCGGUGUUUCAGAAGAGGAGUUGGAGAGAUUGGCCGAGAUUUUACCAAAAGCAAUCGACAAUAUUGUCUCAACUGUUACAAAUGAAGAUGAACUUUUCAAUUUGACUAAUGAACUCAUAAACUAUUGA